CAAAUUCAGCGCACAUCCGUUUCAAUUAGAUGAUCAUUUGGUGUAGGCUGACGAGUAGGCGAACGCAAGCUAGUCCCCCCAAUUUUUAGUGAUAGGUAUCUAUACACUUAAUAAAUUCGUGUGUCGUAAAACUGAGGGACUCGGAGCUUAAUAGCUUCAAUCAACUCAAGUGAUUUGGUCGAAUCAGUCGCACCCUUAAAAAUAUCAGCUCAUCAUGAAUAGGGUUUUAUGUACAGCUUACAAAACUGAAUGGAAUACUACAGAGCCUAAACCAUGGUUAGUGUACGACCCUUGUGAUAUGGAAUUAUUCAACGUUGUUUCAUUUGGAUUCGCUAUAUAUGUAAACAUGCUAAUAUGUAUAUACGUCAAAUGCAUAUCUACAAGUGAUUUAUCUCCACGUUGUUUUUUCCGACAUCAUUCAAGUAGGUGCGCUAUUAAUACUAUUGGUUUACUAGUAGAAUUUGCUCUUUUUGCGGACUAUGCUCUAAGUUCAUGUGGUUCAAUGGUAGUAGCUGCAGUUGGAGUUCUCGCACAACUUAGUUCUGGAUUAGUAUGUUACUUAUUAGAAAUCAAAGGACAGACUGGUCCACUAGGAUGUGGAGUAUUGGUAUGGCUUAUUUGUGGCCUCAGUAGAGCAUUGCUCUUUGUGUCAUUAAUGGAUGUUGGAUUGUCACUAAAUGUGCACGUGAGACCAAUAGCUUUAGCUAUAUCUGCUAUUUGUUGUUAUACGACCGCAGGCUUACAUUUAUUUACUAUGGUGAGAAAGCCAAAAAUGACGGAAGCAGAAUUCAACCUUGAGUUUUAUACGUACAAGCAUGAUUUAUCUAGUUGGUAUUCUAGAGUGACAUUUUAUUGGUUAACAAGUUUUUUAAGAAAUUGUUACAAAAAUCCUAUUCAGCUUGAUGAUUUGGGACAACUGCCUAUUCGAGAACAAUCUACUACACAAUACGAAAGACUUUAUAAUGUUUAUUUAAGAGAAAAGGAAUUAUAUGGUACUAGUUCAAAAGUAUCUAUGUGGAAAUGCUACUGCAAAGUUUAUUGGAAAGAAUUUUUAAUUGGUGGAAUACUUAAAAUGUUUGGCGAUUUCGUUGGAUACAUUGGUCCUUUAGGUGUAUCUAUUAUUGUCAACUUUGUAGCACGUAAACAAAAUACUACUAAGCUAGAAACAGAAGAGACAUUAUUAAAUAUUUACUCAUGUUGUGUAACUCAUUGGGAUUUUUUAAAUAAUGGGUAUGUUAUGGCUUUUAUAAUGUUAAUAAGUUGUAUAGCUCAAGGAAGUUUUUCACAAGCAAGUACUCACAUACUGAAUGUUGAAGGUAUUAGGCUAAAAUCUGGACUCCAAGCCAUGCUUUAUUAUAAAAUGCUGAAAUUACAACAAACUCAAGUUGAUGCUACAUCAGAAAAUGGUCAUAUAAUAAAUUUAAUGUCAGAAGAUACAAUGAACAUAAUGUCCAGUUUUUGGAUUGGUCAUUAUAUUUGGGCAAUACCAUUAAAAAUUUUUUUUUUGAUUUAUUUGUUAUUCUUGAAACUUGGUUGGAGUGCCAUCAUAGGAUCAACUUGUUGUAUUUUAAUUAUGAUACCCUUACAAUUUGUAAUCGGGAAAAAAAUGUCGGCUAAUUCUAAAAAAAUAGCGACAUUAUCAGAUAAACGACUUCAACUAACUAAUGAAGUACUACAGGGUAUCAGACUAGUGAAACUAUGUGGUUGGGAAAAUGAUUUUGUUGAUCGUAUAUCUGAAGCUCGGAAUAAUGAGCUUAAUCUUUUGGAUAAAGAUUCACUUUACUGGGGAUCUAUGACAUUUUUAACACACGCAUCAUCGGUUCUUAUAACACUUUUUUGUUUGGGCUUAUAUUAUUUGCAAAAUGGAACACAAUUAGAUUCUGGUGCUGUGUUUUCAAGUUUAGCGUUAUCCAAUCAAUUAACUGUACCCCUAUUUAUAUUUCCAAUAACCGUACCAAUUAUAAUAGCAGCAAUAGUAAGUACUAGACGAGUUGAAAAGUUUAUGGCUCUUCCAGAAAUCAUUCCAAGUACUAAUAAUUUAAAAACACACAUUUCAAAGAAUUAUAAGCAAAAUCAUAUGACAAAUGUUUUAUGGAGUGUAUCUGAUGUGACUUUUCAAAAUAAUAAAGUAAAAAAAAAAAUUGAAGAAAACAUAAAAAAUAAACAAGAAACAGAAAUUGAUAAUUGUAUAACGAUAAGGGAUGCUUCUUUUUCUUGGCCUAAUUCAAAAGUCCCAUCUCUUAUAGUGGAUUAUUUAAACAUUGAAGAAGAUUAUAAACAUUUGCCAGGAAAAUUGACUAUUGUAACGGGAAAAGUUGGUAGUGGAAAAACUUCAUUACUGCAAGCUUUGCUUGGAGAAAUGAACUGUUUAUUUGGAGAAGUAGACUUCAAAAAAGGAUAUAAUAUAGCAUAUGUCUCACAAAAAACUUGGUUACUAAAUGCAUCAGUUGUUGAAAAUAUUGUAUUCGGAGAUAAAUAUAAUAAAUCUAGGUUUAAAAGGGUUAUAGAAGCAUGUGCUCUCGGACCAGACAUAGAUAUACUACCCGACAAAGAAAUGACAAUGAUAGGAGAACGAGGAAUAGCCCUUAGUGGUGGCCAACAACAAAGAGUGACAAUAGCUAGAGCUUUGUAUUCAAAAGCAAACAUUAUUUUAAUGGAUAAUCCAUUGUCAGCACUGGAUAGCGAAGUUAGUCAACAUGUUAUGUUUAAUGGAAUAAAAAAAUCAACAUUAAAUCAAACAAAAACAGUAAUUAUGACUACAAGUUUUGCAAAUGAUCUCUCAUAUGCCGAUACGGUAGUAUUGAUGGAUUCAGGUAAAGUAAAUUUUUUUGGUAACUUGGCUGAUUUAGAAACUAGGGGUGUUCAUCAUAUGAUUACUUCAAUGGAAAAUCAAGAACAUACACGUCGAACAGCUUCUGAGAGAUGGAAGUUGUUUAAACUUGUGAGUAAAAUAGGUAAUCAAUUAUAUCGGAAUUGGCCACCAAAUCAGCACAAGAAAUUGAAAUCAAAAAAAAAUUUUGGCGCUUUGUACGGAUCAAGAUACUUAACUCACGAUCUUUUACUUCCAACCGACGAAUGUGGUGACACUGAUUCAAUUGUCGAAAGAAAUCACUGGCUCUCAUCAAACAAAAAACGAGAACGAUCAGCUACCAUAGCUGAUAUUCAACUUCCACGAAGAAAUCCUUUUAUUGAUGAAUCAUUGGUAAAUCAACCAGCUGUCAGUUUUCAUUCGAGUAUAAAAUACCGAAAUUAUCCAAAUGAAAAACAUCCCCAAAGAAGUCUUAGACGACACAUUUUGUCAUCUUUAGGAAAUUCCCACGAAAAUAAUCGUUUUAGUAGAUUAUUGCAAUACAGUAUCAAACGGAAAACUAGAACUGAUGGAGAAAUAAAACUACCAGAAGAAUUUUUACUGAAAAAAACAACAUUAUCCAUAUCUGACAUAAGUAAUGAAGAAAUAUCAGAACUGAAAUAUGAUCGCGGUCGCUUAAAAGAUGAAUUCAUAUACAAUUCUGUUUCUAUGAAAACGUACUUAAAAUACAUAUCUUGGAGUGGUUGGACAACAUACAUAUUUUACAUAAUAUUAACAGUUGCGUGGCAAACAUCAAGAGUUUUUGUAGAUUACUGGUUGAGUUGUUGGACUUAUAUAGAAUUUUCUCAUGAAAUACAAGCUUUUUGGUACUUAACAGGUUAUAGUUUUUUAUGUUUCAUAUCUAUAAUACUAUCCGCAUUAUCUAACACAUUAGGUCAAUAUGGGGCCUUAAAAGCUCGAAAACUUAUACAUCAAAGAAUGUUGAGUAAUAUUAUUCUGAGCCCUUUGUCGUUUUUUGACGCAACGCCGAUUGGAAGAAUUGACAACUGUUUUUCGAAUGAUUUAAUUAUUAUAGAUAAGAAAAUCGGUACAUCUAUGCAACGUUUAGUACAUUUUGUUUUUUUGUGUUUAUGUGGUGUAGUAGUAAAUGCUAUCAUAACACCUUGGUUUCUUAUAAUUGUUGUUCCUAUUUGUCUUGUAUAUUAUACAGUUCAAAAGUUCUACCGAUGCUCAUCAAAAGAUUUGCAAAAAUUGGAAAGCAAUUUACGAUCACCUAUGGUUGUCCAUUGCAAUGAAUCUAUUUCUGGGUUAGAAACAAUCAGAGCUUUUGAUAAACAAGCAUGGUUUAUGUCAGAAAUGAUAAACAGGAUAGAUAAUCAUACAAAAGUAUUUUUGAUAAUUAGCUCGUCCAACAGAUGGCUUGGAAUAGCACUAGAUUAUUUAGGAGGCGUUAUAGUAUUUGUAGCGACUAUGGUAGCUUUAAUUACAACAACUUUGUUUUCAUCUUCUAUAUCUUCAGCAAUGGUCGGAUUAGCUAUUAACUACACAUUAUUAGUUCCCGUAUAUUUGAAUUGGGUAGUAAAAUUUUUUGCCGAUUUAGAAACUUAUAUGAGUGCGGUAGAACGAACAGAAGAAUUUGCUACUAUACCAAGUGAAAACUAUAGAAAGGAAGCUGUAAUUACUAGAGCUUGGCCAUCUAAAGGGUCUAUUAUAUUAGACAAUGUAUCGGUAAAAUAUGAUGAAAAUCAAGAACAUGUCAUAAGCAACGUGAGUUUACAUAUUCCACCGGGGCAGAAAGUAGGAAUUUGUGGCCGUACAGGCAGUGGUAAAUCAUCUCUAGUAAUGAGCAUACUAAAUAUGGUACCGAUCCGCGACGGAAUCAUAACGAUUGAUGACAUUGACAUAAAUAAUGUGCCUUUACAGACUUUAAGAUCUCGAAUUUCUGUAAUACCCCAAGAUGUACGAAUGUUUAGUGGUACGAUUAGACAGAAUUUAGACUUAAAAAAUGAGUUUUCCGACAAUGAAAUUUGGAGUUGUUUGAGAAUGACUCAAAUGGAAGAUACUGUACUACUUCAAUUAGGUGGAUUAGAUGGAUUAAUAGGAAGUUCUGGCGACAAUUUAAGUAGCGGUCAAAAACAAUUAUUAUGUUUAGCCAGAGCAAUUUUGCAAGAUAACGUUUGUUUGAUAAUGGAUGAACCAACAAGUUCUAUAGAUGAUGAGACAGAAAAGAAACUACUGGAAGCUAUAAAAAAUUCAUUUCAAGGUCGAACAGUUAUAACUAUUGCGCAUAGAUUAUCAACAAUAUUAGACUAUGAUCGUGUACUUAUCCUAGAAGCUGGUAAAAUCAUAGAAGAUACAAUUCCCUCAACUGUUAAAACAAUACCAGAAAUCAUUUAGCUAUGUUUUGUAAUAUUUUUAUUUUAAAUUUCUUAUCAAUAUUUUAUUAAAAAUUAUUUAUUUUGUGAAUAUUAUUUUUCAAUAGUAAAUAAAUUCAUUACAAAUGUCAA